AACUUGAAGCGAAUACGUUUAAUAAAAUACUGAUCCGAAGCAUAUUGUAAACCAUAUUCACAAUGGUGUUUCUGUGCUGCAGGAAUUUAUAUUAAGUUGAUUACAAUGGCUGGACCCCUUCUGAAACUACUUGUAGGAGAUGUCAGCGUCCUGCAAAUAGCAUUGGUCCGAUAUGGACAUCAUAUAAGAGGAAAGCCGCCUGGUGUAGCAAGAACUUUGAAACAGCGGUUAGAAGAGAUAAACUAUAAAGAUCCAUCACUUAAUUUCAAAGUUGACAUUGGAUUUCCUAAACCAAAGCCCUCACGAUCAAAGGAACUCAAGGAACGAAUUGCAAUCAUAAAAGCUGUUAGAUCAAAUCCAGAAAUAGAAAGACUUUCUAGAAAAAAACAGCUUCAGGUUUCCCUGAAGGAGGUGAAAGAAGAAUGGCUGAAAACAGGCGGACCUUUCCAUAUACGACGCGUUGCCCGACAUUAUGGGGUGUAUGAUGAUCUAUUUGGUGAUGCAUACUUCACUCCACGAGUGAUGUUGGACGUACACUACGAGCUAAAUGACGAAAGUUGCUUUCCAGUACACCGAGGAAAUGUGAUUAAACCAUCUGAGGCCGCAACUGUUCCCCAAGUGACAUACGUCAGUGAACCGAAUUCCCUCUGGACACUUGUUCUCACAAACCCUGACGGACAUCUAACGAAACAAGAUGCCGAAUAUGUUCAUUGGUUUGUGGGCAACAUCCCAGGUAACGAUAUUAGCCAGGGUGAAGUCGUGUGGAACUACUUGCAGCCUUUACCUCCGCGAGGCACUGGCUUCCAUCGCUUUGUGUUCAUCCUGUACAAACAGGAGAAGAGGAUGGAUUACACUCGGCUAAAGGAGGAGGGACCUUGCUUGCAGUUAGAGAAGAGAACCUUCCAGACGCUGGAGUUCUACCGAGAGAGACAAGAUGACAUCACACCUGCUGGGCUUGCAUUUUUCCAAAGUGACUGGGACAUAUCAAUUACAGACUUCUUUCACAAUACACUCAAUAUGGAAGAGCCAGUGUUUGAAUAUGAUUUUCCAGAGCCUUACAUUCGACCACAGAAGUGGUUUCCACUAAGACAACCAUUUAACCUGUACAUGGAUAAACACAGGGACCCGAAGCAAGUGGCUAAGGAGUAUCUGAUGAAAAAGCUGAAGAACGUUCACCCGUUCAAGAAACCAGACCCACGUCCUAUGUUUCCCAACGCAUUCGCCACCGACAACAAACGCUUACCGUCGUGGCUUAGGGUGGAGAUGAAGAAAGACAGACUGGGAUGGGGAAGAAUUAACGAUUUCUGAAAUGUUGCUAUUCCUGUCUUGCGUAAUAGCGCGAUGUGAAAUGUAUAAUUGCCGAAACAAAAUAUAAAAGGCUUGCAUGCA